GGAUUCAGUCAGUGAAAGCGCGGCGUCUCGACGGUAAAGGCGUUGUCUGUGUCUCUGCCGGCAGAGAGUAGAUGGGUGGUGCACGGGGUGGAGGGAGAGAGUGCGGGAGAGCAGAGCAGAGCACAGACACACUCUACCCGUGUAACCGCCACCCUCGCGUCCCGGAGAGUUGCGGAAACAAACGAGCGGAUCGCGGGCUGUAAACACUGAAACAUCACAACGCGAACGUCUCCAACGACUCCGCCUGGGAUCCAGACCCUGAUUAUAAGAUUUGGGGAAGUUUCUCUCCACGCCGCUGCCUGCGUGCUUGUCGUCGCUGACUUGUCCCCUCCCUCUCGGCUGCCGGUGGUUGGCUCCGGGUCUCUUUAUAAAGCCUGCAUGGAUUUGGGCUGAUGGACAAUUUCUAGCUGUGGAAGGACGGAGGAACGGGCUGAUCUCUCGCUCGCUCGCUGCCGUAAAGCCCCGUCAGGAGCUUGAGGAAGGGAGGGGAGGAACCGAAGAGCCGGGACAAGGACUAAACUUGCGAUGCAGACUUCCAAAUCGCACCGUUAGCAGCCCGAGUUCCGCCACCCACCCACCCACCCACCCUCCCGCUGCUGCCCCUCCGUCACCGACUGUCGGCUUCUGGACUUUUGCAAAGAAAGAGAUGAAUUCUACUUUCUUCAACCGGACUGUGGUGGAGGAUGGUUUUUACCCAGCCGAGGGACAUGGUCUAGGGACGGUGCUGGGAUGCUGUAAUCAGAGCGCGGUGACAACUGACGGCUCCCUCAACCUCAACCAAGAGGAGCAGAAACUCUUUAUAAUGAGAGUGGUGCAGAUCGCGGUUCUCUGUGUCCUCUCGUUGACUGUCAUCUUCGGCAUUUUCUUUCUGGGCUGCAAUUUAAUGAUCAAAUCGGAGAGCAUGAUCAACUUCUUGGUGAAAGACAGGAGACCCUCCAAGGAUGUAGAGGCUGUGAUAGUUGGCUUGUAUUAGGAGGAGUCCGCUUCGCCUAUUUUUUUUUAAUGAUCAGUGAGCUCUUCAGAUUGUACAUUGACCGCUGAGUAUCCCCCCCCCCCCCCCCCCCCCCUAUGUCUUGGAGACCCCGGGGCGGUGAGGUGGUGAUGUGGAAACACGGACCGGCAGGUUCAAACAAAGAGGGGAGCGGAUAGAGUAAAAUGGAUGCACGUGGUUUAAAAAAUAAAUCACAUUUUCUUAAAUAGAGUUCGCGGAGAGCUGUUGGGGUUUACAGAUGGGUGCGUUGUACCCUCGCCAACACCGGAGCAUUAUGUUGCAUGCGGAACAUGGAGAAUUAUUAUACAUUGCAUGAAAAUAUCAUAGAGAUUUGAAUGCUAGUAGGGAGAUGGGGCGAGAGGGAAAGAAAGACCGGGGGGUCUUGAAGCGAAUAUUGCAUGUAAAGGUAUCUACCAAUCGUUCUUACAAUGUAACGUGUACAUGAAGCUGACUCCGAACUGCGUACAAAGAAAAAAAAUCAAAACGUUUUGUAAUAUAUUUUCUUGAGGACUGAUUUUUAAACGUAUGCUUUUGUUUCGUGACUCAUUGCCUGUUUCACCCCCCACCCCAGUCUGAUGAUCAUUGGCUGGGCUGAUUUAUGUUGGAAUGACAAUGUCGUGGCAUGGUUUAUAUAAUUUCCCCAAAGAUCUCGUGGCUUCCACUCGGUUUACGCACUUGGACUUUUAAAGGUUAUUGUUUUUAACACUGUAAUGCAAAGUGUGAUUGAUAAAAAUAUUCCAACACACAA